AUGUCCAGCACGAUUUCCCUCGGACUACUUGAGAAAUCAUCAGGCCCUUCCCUCACCCAGAAGAACACCCAUGUAUAUAUCAGGAACUCCUUGCCUAGAACUUGCAGGUGUGGCCCAGGCACCAACAUUCCUUGAACCUUUGGAUACAACUGGAAGAAGAGUCCAUGGUAUUUCAGCCUCUGCAGGAGGCAGGGGUCUGAAAACCGGCAGUAAAAACAAAAAGAUGGCGAGCCCCAGCACUCAAGCAGACCCUGAAAUUGAGCUUUUUGUGAAGCAUAGGAAACCUGAAGAGCUGAAGGACUUAGCCCCAGGUACCAAUCCUCCCUUCCUGGUGUAUAACAAGGAAUUGAAAACUGACUUCAUUAAAAUUGAAGAGUUUCUAGAGCAGACACUAGCUCCUCCAAGGUACCCUCACCUGAGUCCCAAGUACAAGGAGUCCUUUGAUGCAGGCUGUAACCUCUUUGCCAAGUUUUCUGCAUACAUUAAGAAUACACAAAAAGAAGCAAAUAAGAAUUUUGAAAAAAAUCUGCUCAAAGAAUUUAAGCGUUUGGAUGACUACUUAAACACCCCACUUCUGGAUGAAAUUGAUCUAGACAGUGCUGAGGAACUCACAGUUUCCAGAAGAUUAUUCUUGGAUGGGGAUCAGCUAACACUGGCUGACUGCAGCUUGCUGCCUAAACUGAACAUUAUUAAGGUUGCUGCCAAGAAAUAUCGUGACUUCGACAUUCCAGAAGAAUUCUCAGGAGUCUGGCGCUAUCUGCACAAUGCCUAUGCCCGUGAAGAAUUUAUCCACACAUGCCCUGAAGACAAAGAAAUUGAAAAUACCUAUGCAAGUGUAGCUAAACAGAAUUAGGACAGCUCUUUCAGGAGAAAAGGCUCUAUUUUUUAUCACAUUUUACUUUCUACCAUAUUAGAAAGAUUUUUAGAAAUAAGAAUAUGAAAAAUAUUCCUCUAUCCAACUCACUUAUGAAAAGGAACUCUGUAUUUUCUCUAUCCAGUUAGCCAUAAACUGUCCAGUGUAUAUUUUAUAUAUCUUCAUAUUUUCACUUCAUUUUCUUUCUUUCUGUGGCAAAUCAUUGUGAUCUUCAAGGACAUAGACAGCAUUAAGAUCUUUUGCCCUUUCCUUGAGUUCCUAGAAUGCACAAUAUAUGAGCUAACCAGAUUUCUGAAGUUACAAAGGACAUAAGUAGAGCCACAAUCUCAAAUUGCUCCUUAGAAACAGUUCCAUCUAAAUCAUUAAAAUAAUUUUACAUUUGUUACUUUAA